CUGAGGGAACCUGAAUGACUCGCAGAGCCACACUGUUGACAGUCAGUUUACGUUCCAGCUGCUGGAUCUCUGUUUCCAGUCUGUGGGGAGGAUUUCACCACCACAGAGUUUGUCUCUUGCUCUGGACGUCUUUCUCUCGGUGGAGUCAGAGGAGUUGAUUUGACGCCUUCAGCAGUGAUGGCAGAUUUCUGGGGAGAUAUCGCCAGUCAGAGAGUGACCAGAGCCAUGUCGCUGGGGAAUGACGAGGAGGCGGUUCUGGACCAGGGGAAGACCAGCUCCACCCUCCACACCAACUUUGAGAAAGAGGAACUGGAGAGUCACAGGGCGGUGUACGUCGGGGUUCACGUUCCUCUGGGCCGUCAGAGCCGGAGACGGCAUCGCCACCGAGGACACAGACAUCACCGGAAACGACGGGACCGCUCAGACCGAGAGGACGGACGAGAGUCGCCCAGUAACGAUACGCCGUCUCAGAGAGUCCAGUUCAUCCUCGGGACAGAGGACGAUGAUGAGGAGCACAUCCCCCAUGACCUGUUCACCGAGCUGGACGAGCUCGCCUUCAGAGACGGAGAGGUCCAGGAGUGGAAGGAGACGGCCAGGUGGUUAAAGUUUGAGGAGGACGUGGAGGACGGCGGUGAGCGGUGGAGUAAACCGUACGUGGCCACGUUGUCUCUUCACAGUCUGUUCGAGCUGCGCUCCUGCAUCCUGAACGGCACCGUGCUGCUCGACAUGAGAGCCAACACCAUCGAGGAGAUCGCAGACAUGGUGAUCGACAGCAUGCUGGUGUCGGGUCAGCUAGAGGAGGGCGUUCGAGAGAAGGUGAGGGAGGCCAUGUUGAAGCGUCACCACCACCAGAACGAGAAGAAGCUGAGCAACCGAAUCCCGCUGGUUCGAUCCUUCGCCGACAUAGGCAAGAAACACUCCGACCCCCAUUUACUGGAACGCAACGGUCUGCUGGCGUCUCCUCAGUCGGCUCCAGGAAACCUCGACAACAGCAAACACGGAGAGAGUCGCAUCAACGGAGGAAGCCGUGAAAACAGCACAGUGGGCUUCAGCAAGGUGGACAUGAACUUCAUGAAGAAGAUUCCUCCUGGAGCCGAGGCCUCAAACGUCCUGGUGGGCGAGGUCGACUUCCUGGAGCGACCCAUCAUCGCCUUCAUUCGUCUGUCCCCCGCCGUGCUGCUGACCGGCCUCACCGAGGUCCCUGUGCCCACCAGGUUUCUCUUCCUGCUGCUUGGUCCGUUUGGAAAAGGUCCACAGUACCACGAGAUUGGACGCUCCAUUGCCACGCUGAUGACAGACGAGAUCUUCCAUGACGUGGCGUACAAAGCGAAGGACAGGAACGACCUGCUGUCGGGGAUCGAUGAGUUCCUGGACCAGGUGACCGUGCUGCCUCCAGGUGAAUGGGACCCCAGCAUCCGCAUCGAACCCCCAAAGAGCGUCCCGUCUCAGGAGAAGAGGAAGAUGGCGUCAGUCCCUAACGGCUCCGCCUACAGCUCUGACAUGGGGAAGGAGGCGGAGCAUCACACCGGACCAGAGCUGCAGAGGACGGGGAGGAUCUUCGGGGGUCUGGUGAACGACGUGCGGAGGAAAGCUCCCUUCCUGUGGAGUGACAUCAGAGACGCCGUCAGUCUUCAGUGUUUGGCGUCCGUCCUCUUCCUGUACUGCGCCUGCAUGUCGCCCGUCAUCACAUUCGGAGGACUGCUGGGAGAGGCCACCAAAGGAAACAUAAGUGCCAUAGAGUCUCUGUUCGGGGCGUCUCUGACGGGCGUGGCCUACUCUGUGUUUGCCGGUCAACCGCUCACCAUCCUGGGCAGCACCGGUCCGGUCCUGGUCUUUGAGAAGAUCCUCUUCAAGUUCUGCAGUGACUACGGCCUGUCCUACCUGUCUCUGAGGACCAGUAUUGGACUGUGGACCGCCUUCCUGUGCCUGCUGCUGGUCGCCACGGACGCCAGCUCUCUGGUCUGCUACAUCACCCGCUUCACUGAGGAGGCGUUCGCCGCCCUCAUCUGCAUCAUCUUCAUCUAUGAGGCUCUGGAGAAGCUGGUCCACCUAGGGGAGCUCUACCCCAUCAACAUGCACAACCAGCUGGACAACCUGACCUUCUACACGUGUCAGUGUUCUCCUCCAGCCAACGUCUCAGCUGAACUCUGGAGCAAGAGAAACUUAACCUCAGGAGACAUUGAGUGGGAGCAGCUGAGUGUGAAGGACUGUGUGGAUUUACACGGGGAGUUCGUCGGCUCGGCCUGCGGCCAUAAUGGUCCCUAUGUCCCUGACGUCCUCUUCUGGUCCGUCAUCCUCUUCUUCACCACCUUCUUCCUCUCAUCCUUCCUCAAACAGUUCAAGACGAAGAGAUACUUCCCCACCAAGGUUCGAUCGACCAUCAGUGACUUCGCCGUCUUCCUGACCAUCAUGAUCAUGGUGCUGGUGGAUUAUCUGGUGGGAGUCCCUUCACCCAAACUCAACGUACCCGACCGCUUCGAGCCCACGUCCAACACUCGUGGUUGGCUGAUCUCCCCACUGGGAACGAACCCCUGGUGGACGCUGCUGGCCGCCGCCGUCCCCGCCCUCCUCUGCACCAUCCUCAUCUUCAUGGACCAACAGAUCACAGCCGUCAUCGUCAACAGGAAGGAGAACAAACUUAAGAAAGGCUGCGGCUACCACCUGGACCUGCUGGUGGUGGCGGUGAUGCUGGGCGUGUGCUCCAUCAUGGGCCUGCCGUGGUUCGUGGCGGCGACCGUUCUCUCCAUCUCCCACGUCAACAGCCUGAAGCUGGAGUCAGAGUGCGCGGCGCCCGGCGAGCAGCCCAAGUUCCUGGGCAUCAGAGAGCAGAGAGUCACCGGCUUCAUGAUCUUCGUCCUGAUGGGUUGCUCCGUCUUCAUGACCUCCGCCCUCAAGUUCAUCCCGAUGCCGGUCCUGUACGGAGUCUUCCUCUACAUGGGCGUGUCUUCGCUCAAAGGCAUUCAGCUGUUCGACAGGAUCAAGCUGUUCGGCAUGCCGGCCAAACACCAGCCGGACCUCAUCUACCUGCGCUACGUCCCGCUGUGGAAGGUCCACGUCUUCACCGUGGUGCAGCUGUCCUGCCUCAUCGUCCUCUGGGCCAUCAAGGCUUCCGCCGCCGCCGUCAUCUUCCCCAUGAUGGUUCUGGCUCUGGUCUUCAUCAGGAAGCUUCUGGAUUUCUGCUUCACCAAAAGAGAACUGAGCUGGCUGGACGACCUGAUCCCAGAGAGCAAGAAGAAGAAGGAGGACGACAAGAAGAAGAAGGAGAAGGAGGAUGCUCAGCGGAUGCUGGAGGAAGCGGAGGACGAUCCUCCGUACGACAGAGGAGACGUCAUCAAGUUCCCCAUCAAAAACCUGAAAGGACGCGUGGACCCAUCAGAGGUGAACAUCUCAGAUGAAAUGGCCAAAAGCGGGAUUUGGAAAUCAGUCUCCAUGAACUCUGACAGCAGCAAAGCUCUGAGACGCUGCAACAGCCUGGAGAAGCUGCAGAGCGUCCAGAUAAACGUGGAGAACGAGGAUGGUCAGAGAGUCGUGGACGCUGAGACGUCUCUAUGAUCGAGGCGGCGUGUGCUGGGGGGGGGGGGCUGCUGUUACUGAUGGGACCCUGCAGUCCUUCGUCUUCUGAACUGAGGUGAAAGGUCAUUAGAGGACCAAUCAGGCUUCACCUUGUCAUGCUGUACUUCUUAUCCUGCGUUUCCUCGGACGAAGGUGACAUUUUAUUUUCUCAUCGUUUUAUGGUGAAACACGGAGACUCCGCCGCUGGGAGCAAAUAUGGCCGCCACUUAUGGAAACAGCUUCCUCAGGUUUCUUUGGUUGGUUUUUAACUGGACGGUUCACUGCUGCGCUGUGAUUGGCUGCUUAAGCACAGACUCAAUGGACGCCUGAUUUUUCCAGACUGAUCUGAAAACACCUGAAACUUAAUUUCAGUUUUAAAUUUUCUGUUUCUGCUUUGAUGAAGCAGACGGACUCUUCACCUCCAACAGUUUUUAUUUAAUCAUCAUGCUGAUUUCACUUGUACGUGUCAGUGAGUAUGAGUGUUUUAUAUAUAUGUGUGUGUAUGUGUGUGUGUGUGUGUGUAUGUGUGAUCACUGUUGUACCUCACCUUGUUGCCUGCAGCGGCCGACUGGAUGACGUCACAGUCGCUGUCAGUUUCUUGGUAAAGCUUAAAUAAAAUCAGUUUG